UUCCUUCUUAAUUUGCGCGAAGAUUACAUCAUUGAUCUCCAUAUACGGUCAAGAAACAGACAAACCUAGCUCAUCGUCGCUUUCACUUUCGCCGUUGUCACCGCCAGUAAAAAUCGACUGCUGGCACUCUAAAUGAAAUAAAGCCAGCUAUUCUUCAUCUAUUUCUUCCUCACAAUACUACGAAGUCGACUUGGACUACCUCGCGACUCAAGCACAACAUAAUUCUAGACAAUUUAGGAUUUUUGGGGAUUUUCAACGAUGAAGGGCCUGUCAAUCAAGGACGCACUGUUACCGCAACCGCCUAGCUUCGGGAAGAAGAAGAAUUACGAGGUCCACCAGGUGUUAGGCACUGGGACGUUUGGGAAGGUCGUGCACGCGACGUGGAAUGUGCCUCCGGAACAGGUGGCAGUUUCUGAGCGCGGUGCAGUUGCGGGCGUCAUUCCUGGGCAGCAUUUAUCUGCGUCGUCGUCUUCAGCAGUUGUUCAAAAGGAGGUCGCACUCAAGAUGAUACCUAAAAAGAAGGUCAAGGGCAACGAGGCCAGCGUCUGGGGAGAGAUGGAGGUUCUCAAGGGCUUGGACCACCCUAAUAUUGUAAAAUUUUACGAGUGGUUCGAGUCGCGCUCCAAGUACUACCUCUCCUUCGAGUUGGCUGUUGGUGGGGAACUGUUCGAGAGAAUCUUGAAGAAGGGAAAGUUCACUGAAGUGGAUGCGGUGAGCGUUGUACGGUCCAUUCUCGCAGGUGUACGCUAUCUCCAUGACCAUGACAUUGUGCACCGUGAUCUAAAGCCCGAAAAUAUCCUCUACCGGACCAAAGACGUGGAGAGCGAUAUUGUUAUUGCUGAUUUUGGCAUAGCCAAACACCUACACUCUCCUGAAGAACAGCUCCAUUCCUUGGCUGGUAGUUUCGGAUAUGUAGCCCCGGAAGUACUGAACAACGAAGGUCACGGAAAAGCCGUGGAUAUAUGGUCAACUGGGAUCAUCACUUACGUGCUACUCUGUGGCUACUCUCCUUUCCGAUCUGAGGACGUCAAAAUGCUCAUCCGAGAGACAACAGAGGCGAAAAUAGAGUUCCACGAUCGAUACUGGAAAAAUGUCUCUGUCCAAGCCAAAACUUUCAUAAAAUCGCUCCUUAACCCUGAUCCUGUGAAACGACCGUCGGCCGCAGAGGCGCUCAACGAUCCUUGGCUGACAACGCACACUGCCAACACCGAGCAUGAUCUCGGAUUCGGUCUGCGUGAGCACUUUGAUCCUCGAGCCCGGUGGCGUUCAGCAAUCGCUUCUGCGCGGGCUAUACACCGUCUCGGUAGCAGCAUUAGCUCGCGCACGAUAUCUUCGACUGCGACGAAUAGUAGUGGCGGCUGGGGUGACGAUGACCGGGAAAUUGAGGAUGAUUCAAAAUUGAAACAGACAGAGCACCCGGGUCAUAACGAGCAUGUUCAGGUGACUGGACCCGACCAGGAUGAGCCUAAUCCUCCUCAAGAACCGCUUUUGCAGGAGGUAGAUGGGCCCGCGCCUGCGCCCCCUGCACCGCCUUCGCAAGUUGUCGAUAAACCUGCGCGGCCACCGCCCCCCCCUGUACUGCCGCAAGUCGUGGAUACGCCAGCGGUUGAGCAGGAGCAGGAGCCGAGGAAGGCAGAGCAAGAGGAGAUGAAUGCCUUGCGGAUGCCAGGAUCAUUCGAUUUCUCUGAUAGCUCCUCGCAUCGUCACCACCAGAGUUGGGGUGAGUUUGUGAGAAAGUUACGGUUAGGUGGAUGACGUUUGUGGACAUUCUUUAUUUCUCUGCUAUUCUUUUAUCUAUGAUCUGUCGAUGGUUCUUUAUUUCUCAUUGCUAGCUACUACUCGUGAUUUAUUGUAUGAACUAGGACAAUAUACCCUACCCU